CAGCGCCAAAAACCACGUAGUGAUUUUUACCGCACACCUUUUGGGGAAAGUCAGACGAAAAUAACAUACCGUUUGGCAGCGCAUUGGAUAAGAUACAACCACCUAUCUAAUCAUUCCGCCUCCACUCCCAAGCCGAUCCGAUUCACCACCGAGCAGCAAUCUCUUCUUCGGCUUCAGCAUUACGUGUGCGCCAACGUCGGCUUUCCAUUUCAUUCUUAGAUCGGCCGGCCAGCUUGAUAACACCCGGUGCAUAGCGAAACUAGAGGGCACUUACUAAUUAAGUACGACUGCGACCUCCGUGAUAAACAGAAGGAAAUAGAAAUUGUCCGCAGCACAAAAUGACGGAUCUUAUCAAGCAGGGAGCUCUGUUCCUAAUGAGCGAAAAGUGCUAUGAUAACUACUUCCUGGAGCACAACUUCCUGGACAUUCCCUGCUUUAAGGCUUUGCUGAGCAAGGGUCUGGGAUUGGCAAUUAUUGCCGGGUCUGUGCUGGUGAAGGUGCCUCAGGUGCUAAAGAUCCUCAGCAGCAAGUCCGGCGAGGGCAUCAACAUAGUGGGCGUAGUGCUUGACUUGCUGGCCAUCUCCUUCCACCUGUCCUACAACUUUAUGCAUGGCUAUCCAUUCAGUGCCUGGGGUGACAGUACCUUCCUGGCCAUCCAGACCGUGGCAAUCGCCGUCCUGGUCCUGUUCUUCAACGGACGCAAGGCUCAGUCGGGGCUCUUCCUUCUGGGAUAUGUCCUGCUAAUGUAUGUCCUCAACUCGGGGCUAACGCCCAUGUCGGUCCUGUUCACCAUCCAGAGCUGUAACAUUCCCAUCCUGCUGGUAGGUAAACUGUCGCAGGCGUACACCAACUACCAGGCUGGAUCUACUGGUCAGUUGUCCGCCGCCACGGUAAUCAUGAUGUUUGCGGGCUCGGUGGCCCGCAUCUUCACCUCCAUCCAGGAGACGGGCGACACCAUGAUCAUUCUCACCUUCAUUGCCUCCACCUUCGCCAAUUCGGUUAUCCUGGGCCAGUUGAUCUACUACUGGGACAAGCCUGCUGGUGUCGUCAAGGAUUCAAAGGUCAAGAAGUCCAAGAGCAAGAAGGAUGAUUAGACUGGAAGGAGUAGGAGCAGAUAGAAAGACAGAUUUGAACUCGAAACUUAGGUUGCAACCAUUUCUCGACAUUGUAGAACAAAUAUGCAAAGCUUAAAUAAAUUGAGUCUUAGUUUA